CCCUUCGUCAGGCUAAGAAAGUUUCAGCAGUUGCUGUGUGCUCUUCCUGGAUAGAAUGAAAAGUAAAGAAGUCUUUUGUGGGCAGGCAGUUUUCUACCAAGAUGACAAAUAAAACUCCUGAUGACUUCAGUGGAUGCAAGAUAGGACUGUGAAUUUGUGACUGGACCAUGAAUUUCACUAAAAGCCAUGUCAAGUCAUGGAAGUUGAAAGUGUCCAGCCUAGCCUAUGGGGCACUUGGCACCUUAGCCCCCGAACAGAGCAUAUGUUCACAGGAUUGAACCCUCAGCAUCUCAGGGAUCAUCCAUGUUGGUAUUCUUUUGCCUCAGUAAUUCAGGAAACUCCUGCAUCUCUCCAGGCAUUAUGGAGAAGCAUGUCUCCAAGGUCCUGACCUGCAUAUCCAGAGCAGGCUGCUCCAAAACCACACAAGAUCGUGCUGUAUCACAAGACUUCCAGCAUCAACCUACUUUGGCCAGGUUAGAAAUGCAGUACCUCAGAAACAACCUGCCUUUUGGGGAAUCUUUCUCCUUCCUAGCACUAGCUAAAUGGUUCCCAAGCUUCACGUCCAGGACUGGUUCUAGCCAGGCAUGAUGUUCUGAGUGAGCGCUAUAACAACAUGAGCUGUUUUACCAUCUUGUGCUCCAUUUCCCACUGUGAAAUGAAUGGAACAGGACCAGGCCUCUAGCUGUGCCAUGUCUCAUUGCAUGAGCUCUCUCCUCACCAAUCCCCUUGUCUCAGGACAUCAGCUGCGCUUAGUUACCUGUGAAUCAGAGGUGUCUGUUUGCUUUGCAUCUGUGAAAAAUCAAGGCUUAGUCAGUCUCUGCUGCAAUGGGACAGAGCCAAGAUAAAACCCAGCCGUGAAACCCUGAAGACUGGAAGGUUCAUUUCUAGACCUCUCAGUGCUUGCAGGUAAGACAUGAAGCCAGGCAGGGAGGGAGUGAACUGGUGGGCUGCAGAGAAGACCCUGGCAUCAUUGCAAGGGAGGCUGCGUGGAAGGAUGGUGUGGAGGCUGGAUCUGUAUAACUGGAAGGAAGAGGAAAGGGCAGUGUUGCACAUGGCAGUUACCAAGGACAGCUUUGAGUACGCUGAAUGGUCCGGGCAUGCACCUUUUUGGGACAAGAGUGGGACAUCCAGGUCACACCUCUGCCCUCCGUGAUGAUGAGUGCCCUCAGGCUAGCUGGCCCAGGCGGGGAGUUGCAGGACAAUUCUCUCCACUGAGGCAAGAGGCUUGUCCUCAAGAGCACCCCACCCUGGCACUCCCAAGACUGCUGUGCACUAGUGCAUAUCAACUGCUCCCCAAGAAACUUGCCAGACCUGUUUGCUGUCAGCCUGGGGAGGAGAGAAGAGGCGAGGAAUGUCAGUCUCUGGGAGGGCGCAGGCAGGACCAGAGGGACCAGAACACUGAGCCCAAGCCAUCCCCUCCACAGUAGUUCAGGGGGAACAAGGCAGAGAGCAGCUGCUGGACCAGCCCGAGCCACGAUGACGGCAUUUCGGGUUCUGCUGCUGUUGCUGCUGACAGACAUCUACACAACCCAAAAAAUCACUGAGAAGCCUUCCCUUGCUGGUCCAGAACUGAGAGGAAGGAUCACCACCUCCACCUUUGCCCUCAAUCAGCCUCGCUGUAUCUUUGAUACGUACACCAACACCACCGAUGAGAUCUGGCUGGUGGUUGUCCUCACUAGUGAGAAAUCAAAAUUUGUCAACCCAGUACCCCCCAAGAGCUUGCCAGCCUAUCAGGAUUUCCCCCUGAACAGUUCGUAUAUGACCCUGAACACUGCCCGGCUCAACUACCCCUGCCUGCCAGACUCCACGGACAUCACUGUGCUGCGUGUGGGGAGCGAGACCAGCUGUAUGACGGACAGAUCCAGGCCCAAUUGUAAUGGUCCACUACCAGUCCCAGGACCCUACAGUGUGAAGUUUCUUGCAAUGGAUAAUUCUCAGCCCAAGGCUGAGACAGAGUGGCUAGAUGACAUCAUGCUGAAGACAGCACAACAGUCCAACACCAUCGACCCCCAGCCCAGGAGGCGCAGCGCCAGCAUGAUUGUGAUCACAACCAUUUUGUCCAUCCUCUUGGCCAUCCUGCUGGUCUGCUUCAUUGCCACGCUGAUCUACGUAUGCCUGACACCCGCCUCUUCGGCUCAGCAGAGGGAGCUCAGCCCAGAAGAGUCUGGCGGUAGCCGGAGAGGGGGGGUGAAGCUGACACAUUACAGAUAUUUGCGGAAGCAGCGAGAUAUCCAGCAAGGAGGCCCCCGUGGCAGUGACACGCUAUAAUACUCAUCAUGUAUACAGCCAGCCUGAGAACAGGCCCUGAGCCCCGCCACCACCACGCAGCAGAACCUCUCAGCUCCUGGACAGCACCUGUGAAACAGCAGCACCCCCUGCCGCUCUGCUCUCGGAGGCUGUUGGGGUUGGGGAAGCGGGGGGCUCUUGCUUUUGGGACACCUUCUCUGACGAUUGCUCCUGUCCCUCUGAUGCAUUUACUGCAUGCUCCAUGGAUGAUGGCUUUAGUUAACACCCCUCCCGUGCUCCUGCCAGGCUCUCCCUCCUGCCCUGCUUCCUCCCCCAGCUACACUCAGCCAUGACUUAGGAGAGAGAAGUCUCAUACCUCUAACUCUAACAUGACCAGAGCCAGGCCCAAACCCUGUGACAGGACACACCCAGCCCUUAGCUCCAACACCCCCUGAAUGCCAUGGCUAGGGGUAGAAGUCUACAUCCAGCCUGGGGCUGGGACCAGCCCUUGGAAGUUGGCAUUUCUGGGGUACAGGAUGCAUACUCUACUCUUAACAGGAUGGGAUGAUGGUGUUCCCUUGCAAUCAUCCAGGCCUUCCAUGGAUAUGGCUGAGGUGGAGAUGCUGGGCUCAAGGCUCUCUGCAGCCACCCACUCAGACAGACAUACAGCCUGACUUUCCUGCAGAAGUAGCAGGCCCCAGCCUGGCCCCCUUGGAUGUCAACUUCUUCCAGACCCCACAACUCCAUCCCUUGCAUGACCAGAGAAGUCACUGGUGGGUGGCCUGAUGCCCUCCUUGUACACCGCCCUAUAUAAUCCCUUUCUGCACUGCCCCAGUAGCCUAAGCACAAGGCUAAUUCUAAGCAUGUACUUGAGCACUAGGCACGAUAACAUCUGGGGGCUUUGCUGGUUAGAUCAGCAAGACACCGUGGGCAAGGGAGAUCAUUUGCUCAGGGCCCCCAUGCUUCAUGUAUGCCAGCUAAAGAGCCAUCCCAGUCCCUUGCCUACCUUAGUCCCAUCUGAGCCCAGGAAACCACAGCAGGGGGCAUGUUCUGCAGCUGCUCUGAUAUCUGCUAAGAGACAUGUUGUGCUAUCCGGUUUGAUGAAUCUGUUGUGAUCCAGCAGCAACGGGAGCUCUGCUCUGAGAUAAGGCUUUCUUGGUAAAGCUCCAGGCAAGAGUUGGGUGUCAUUCAUGACAGGCAUUAAGCAACCCAAUGGAGCACUGGUAUUAAAGGCAUGAGACUUCUCUGGGUGUACAUCUUCUAGGAGUAAGAGCUGGGCUAGAUUUGUAUGAGCUGGAUGUCAGCAGCAGUUGCAAGGCCCCCUGGAGAAAGGACUGGGGUUCUCAAACAAGCCUGAUGAAUUUGGAUGCCUGCUUCCCUGGAACUGCAGUGGUAUCUGGUGCCUUGGCAAUCCUAUCCUGACAUGUAGGACAGUGUUCCCAGGCAAUGCCCCAGCAAACAGCAACCCUGUGCUUCCCCACAUCUGUGCGUCAGCAACAACAUGCCAUGUAUCUAUUUGCCAUUUGCUUUUUUAUUUUCAAAAUACCCAUUAAAACUGACUUGCAUGAA